AUGGCGCAGCCAACGCCGGUCGGAGCAAACGGCGCUUCGACUCCUUCCAACGACGAGAACGGACACCUCGCCGUCCCGGGCAAGCGAAAACGCGACAGCAAGGACGGUGCGGUUGGAGCCGAAAUGACGAGUGUUGAAGAACAGAAGCCGGCCGCACCCCACCGAUGGGCUGCGGGGGAGCAAAAGGAUCUAAUAAAGUCGUACUUUGAUGUUUUGAAGAGUAUCGACGUUGAGCCCGCCAUUCUAAAACGACCAUUAGGGGACCGUAAAGUUCAGGAUGAGCCCGACACGAAGCGACAAAAGUCCUCUGACCCGUCGUCGGUGAGGUCAAUAUCGGACAAAAUUGCUGCCGAUUCGUAUACCCAUAUCGAACAUGUUGCCUCUGAUGUUGUAUCUGCCACCGAUGCCGCAUUGUCAGAAAUCAGGGCCAGGGUCCCGGAUGGCUCCGGCAGCGCGGGAAGUACCAAAUUAGCAGUCCGCAUUGCCGAAUUCAAGGCGCAAGCCCUCGCGAUUAUGGAGCGGGAGAAGGCAUAUCCCAGAGUUGCGACCUCCGAGGCCAUCAACGGCCAAGUUGAUUCCAAAGCUGCGUCGUGUAAGAGCCAGGCAAUUCUGUCGGUGGUUGGCUACGCGCCGCAGGAAAGACGUCUGUUUUCGAGUCUGCCAUUAUCUCAGGAUAUUGACCUGACAGAGCUCAAUCUGCCGCCUGGCGUCUCCUUUUCGCGCCUUGUUCCCGCCAACACACAAGAGCGAACGCAGACAUUGGGUGAAUUGUUUAGCCCUCCUCGACCACUACCUCCCUUGCAACCGCCCAAACAACCCAAAACCCAAGCCAAGGGCAACACGCUGGACUUUUAUCACCCUGAUUUAGCAGACACUGCCACGUACCGUGGAGCCUGUUACUUCGGCACAAAGCUUUCGUCAGGUUACUAUCUUGACUACAGCAACGCUACGCCAUCAUAUCAGACCAAGACCAAACAGCGAGAGCGCGCCCAAAGUCUUGCUGGCAAGAAGCCAUCUACUUCCGAGUUGGAGAUGUCGGAGAUGGAAUCCCUUUUCAGAGGCGCCUUUUCUACUUUUGCCCCAUGUAAGGAUGACUCAGGAGCGGUUAUCCCAUCAGGAACUGUUGGUAAGAUGUGGUGGCACAAGAGCGGCUCCAAGAAUUUUCAGAGGAUGAUCGAGGUUGAAUACUAUCCGGACAUUGCGGACGUGGAUGCAUUUCACCCCAGCCCUAGAGGCGAGGAACUCGACGAAGAUGCUGUGCAGGAAGCCAUUGAUAACUGGGAUGAUGAUGCCGUUGACCCUUCGCUCGAGGACGCAAUGGGCACCAAGCGUGACCAGAGCCAGAAGGAGGUUGAUGAUGUUCUUGAUGAAGUCAGCGACUUGAUCGGAACCCUGGCUUCCUAUCAGCGUAUUCGCAACCUCACGCUGCCUAAUUCUCAAAAUCGCCAAUCCAGCGACCCCGUCAAUGGUGACAUGCUGGCUAAUUCCGGACCUCAACCCUCAGAAGAAGAACAGGCCACUUAUGAGAUGCUCAAGGCUCAGCUGGCUUUGAUUAUCAAGACCCUACCGCCAUAUGCAGUGGCCAAACUGAACGGAGAUCAGCUGGAUGAUUUGCUCAUCAGCACCAAGAUUCAGGUUCGGACAGAUCAAUACCGGGGUGUCAUGGAGGAAGACGAUGCUGGUCAGCAGCAGCAGCAGCAGCAACAACACGUCGCAGCUCAAGCAGCCCAAGCAGCCCAGGCGAAUGCUCGGCCGCCCUUGCAACGCUCUGCCAGUAUUUCCACGCCCUACGCAAAUCAGUAUCAACACCCGCCUCAGUACGGUACACCGACGCGAACCCCCUCACAUCCUCAGCAAUAUUUCCGAUCUAUGCCGACUCCCAACUAUCACCAACCUCGGACUAUGGGCAGUCCCGCGCCACAGCAUCCUAGACCACCGCAGCCAAACCAAUACACUCGACCUAACGGCUAUCCAAAUCAGUAUGCCACGCAACUGGCCAAAGCACAGACUCCUUACGGCCAUCAGAACAUGCCCCAGGCCCAUCAACAGCGGCCACCACAAUACGGCCAACUUCAACAACAGGGUGUUCCGAAUGCUACGCGAUUCCAAUAUCAACAGCAGUUCCAGCAGCAACCGCCACCACAACCGCCGCCACCUGGGCCUCCGGGGCAGCCCAAUUAUGGUGCAUAUAUGAAUGGCGCCGGCAUGCCGCCUAGGAACAUGUCGCCGCAAGUUCCCCCGCGACACCCUUAUAGCCCAUCACCAAACAUGCAGCAAGCUCAACAACGGUUUGGGACCCCGGGUCAAGGCAAUCCACAAAUGGCCCGGCAUGCCAGCAAUCCAGGACCGCACCCUCAAUACAACCAGUCUCCCGGUCUUACCGGCUACCACACUGUCAUUCCCGAGGCCCAGCAACAACGAAUUCUGGAGCAAGCCAAGGCACGAGUUGCUGCGCAAGAGAGGACUGCCAUGUUUGGCGACAAGAUGCAGCCAGGUUUUCCCGGGAUGCCCAUGGGAUACGGCGGUAACGUGGAUGCGAAUCGCAUGGCAACAGCUCGUGCGAACCUCAUGAACCAGCAGAAGCCACAAACACCCGUUGGUCAGCGACAAGGUAUAAACGGCACACCCCAGUCGCAAUACGUCCCUCCAUCAAAAGUAACUCCGGUUCCCGUGCCCCCCAUCCCCGGUGCCGGACAGCAGCAGCCGCAAUCGGGGCAGCAACCGCCUCAGGGUUUCCCUGGUCUCGAGUCAUAA